AUGGACGAGUCGCUACUCGCCGCCAGCGACGACCACUUGGCCCACGCCGAGGAGGAGGACGAACUGCUCUGGAACGAGCUCAAGGAUGACCACCGCGCGCGCCCAUUCGGCGGACCAAGCAGCCAGGACUCCGCUCUAGGCGUUCACACCGGUCCCGCGUCCUCCUCGGCCGCGCCGCUGCCGUCGCUGCGUGUUAACGUGCACCUCCCCGCCAUCUCGACGUUGUUCCGCGAGGUGCUGGACACGGCCAAGACGGCGCUGCCUGGAGGUCAACGACGGCCCAAUGGACAAAGCAGCUCUCCAUCUAUCGGGCGCGUGUCCCCCGUGCCCGACAGAUACGGGAAUGUCCCCAACCUGGACGCGUUCCUCAUCACACUGUACAACUACUACUACCACAAGGGCUUCUGGAGCAUCGUGGUGGUGGAGCUCGUGAGCCUCGUGACCGGACUGUUCAGUGUGCUACUCUCCAGCUUCAUGCUGGGCUGCGUGCAGUGGGGGCCGCUGCUGGAGUGCCACCGCCACCCGGAGAGUGGCGGCUGCAAGCAGGAGAUGGAGCACUACAUCACGUGCCGAGCUGACAACAACGGAGUGCUGGGGCUCGUUGGGGCGUUCUACUUCGCCAUGUUCUUCGUGUACUGGGUGUCCAGAGCUUUUCAGCUCAUUGGCACGCUGAGAGACACCAGGGAGAUGGAGGUGUUCUACAAGGAACGACUGAGGAUCGACGAAAGACAGGUGCAGACUAUUGCGUGGGACGAAGUGGUCACGAGAGUGCUGGACCUCGUGAAUGGAGUUAACGCGCCGGUGAAUAUGAGGCAGCUGUCGUCCUACAAGCUGCAGAUCGACCCGGCGCUGCUGUCGUCACCCCACGACUUUGCUCGACGCAUCAUGCGCCGCGAUAACUAUCUCAUCGCCUUCAUGAACCACUCGCUGUUCCAAAGCAAAAACCUGCUGCCCACGUCGCUACAGUUUCUGUCCACGUCGCACGUCAUGUGCUCGAGAAACAUGGAGGCGAACCUGAAUAUCUGUCUGCUGGACCAAAUGUUCGACGCCGACUUAAACCUGGCUCCGUCGGUGAUCCACAACGUCGACAUGCUCAAGAAGCGCUUCGUGAUCGCAGGUGUGCUCAACUUUGUGCUGGCUCCGUUCAUCCUGCUGUACCGCCUCUCGCGGUUCUUCUUCCUCGCGGCGCAGGAGUGGCAGACGAACCACGUAUACUACUUCGGCACGCGGCGCUGGUCUGCCUACGCUAUAUGGCGCUUCCGAGAGUACAACGAGCUCCCGCAUGUUCUUGACGCGCGUAUGGCACGCUCGUACUCGCUGGCGGAUCGCUACCUCGGCAUGUUUCCGGCCGGCGCGCUGGCGAUUAUUGCUGGGGGAGUUUCUUUCUGUGCGAGCUCGUUGAUGGCGGUGCUGGUGCUUGUGAGUCUGUUGGAGGAAUCGGUACUGCUGGAGACAACCCUGAUGGGCCACGAGCUGCUGUGGUACCUGACGGUCUCGACCGGUGUCUUCGCGCUGUCACGAUCGUUCACAUCGUCGACCUCGCCCUUCUUGAUUAAUGGCGACUGCGAAGAGGCCAUGAUGCAGGUCUCUGCGGAGACGCACUACUUCCCGAAGGAGUGGCGGGGCCAGUGCCACUCGUUCGAAGUGCGAGAUGCGUUCACAGUGCUGUUCCCCUACAAGGCUGUGCUCUUCGCGGAGGAAUGUGUGUCGGUAUUGCUGGCGCCGUACAUCUUGUGUGUGUCGCUCCCUCGACUUUCGCGCGAGAUCCUGCUCUUCCUGCGCUCGCACUCCCUCGUGCACCCGAGCACCGGGGCGGUGUGCCGUUUAGCCGAGUUUGACUUCAAGGAGUACGGCAACGACGCCAAGAUGGAGAGUUCGUUCAUCAACUUCAAGCAGAAUCACCCCAAGUGGGUUGGUGCGCGUGAGGGAGAAGCGCUGAUGCAGCGUCUGGGCAAGCUCAAGGAGGAAGAGAUGGAGAAGUCGAUGCGCAUGGGCGACACCAUGAUGUACAGCAUGUCGAUGUCGCAGCAGCUUAUGCAGUCCCAGGCUAUCCAGAACGCGAUGGGCGGCGGACGCAUGAGCGGGUACAUGCCUCAGGACAAUGAGUUUUACUGGCUGGAGAAGCUCCACCAACAAGGCCGGUUGGGCGAGCUGGAUCUAGAGGGUAUGAAAGGAAACCCUGCGGACAGCAUUUCCAUCUCAAGUCUGGGCUCUCCGUGA